AUGUCCAACGGCAAGACCCCGGUGGUGGCCGAGGCCCACGAGGUCGACACCUUCCACCCGCCGCAGAAAAUGCUUGACAAGCACCCUAGCAAACCCCAUAUCGGCAGCCUGGAGGAGUACCAGAAAAUGUACCAAGAGUCCAUCACCAACCCAGACAAGUUUUGGGGUCAAAAGGCACGGGAGCUGCUCACUUGGCAACGUGAUUUCCAGACUGUGCGCACUGGCACGCUAAAUGACGGUGACAGUGCCUGGUUCUUGGAGGGUCAACUCAAUGCUUCGUACAACUGCGUCGAUAGACACGCCAUCAAGAACCCGGACAAGGUUGCCAUUAUCUACGAGGCCGACGAGCCUCAAGAUGGCCGAAACUUGACUUAUGCCGAACUUCUCCGAGAGGUGAGCAGGACUGCAUGGACCCUCAAGCAGAUGGGUGUCCGCAAGGGAGAUACCGUUGCCAUCUAUCUUCCCAUGAUUCCCGAGGCCAUCAUUGCCUUGUUGGCAGUUGUCCGUAUCGGAGCCAUCCACUCUGUCGUCUUUGCCGGUUUCUCGUCAGACUCGCUACGAGACCGUAUCCUUGACGCCAAGUCCAAGGUUGUCAUUACGACCGACGAGGGCAAGCGUGGAGGCAAGUUGAUUGGCACCAAGAAGAUUGUGGAUGAAGCUCUCAAGCAGUGCCCUGAUGUGACCAACGUGCUUGUCUACAAGAGGACCGGAAACCCCGACACCCCUUGGACUCCUGGCCGGGAUCUGUGGUGGCACGAGGAGGUUGAGAAGUGGCCUUCGUACAUUGCUCCCGAGACCAUGGACUCGGAAGAUCCUCUCUUCCUGCUGUACACAUCGGGAUCAACGGGCAAGCCCAAGGGUGUUUUGCACUCCACUGGUGGCUACCUGCUGGGCGCCGCCAUGACUGGCAAAUAUGUCUUUGACAUUCAUGAUGGCGACCGUUACUUCUGUGGUGGCGACGUCGGUUGGAUCACUGGACACACCUAUGUCCUGUACGCUCCGUUGUUGCUAGGUGUCUCGACCGUUGUCUUUGAGGGUACACCCGCCUACCCCAACUUCUCCCGGUACUGGGAUAUCAUUGAGAAGCACCAGGUUACCCAAUUCUAUGUUGCACCAACGGCACUGCGACUACUCAAGCGUGCUGGAGAUGACUACGUCAAGCACAAGAUGGCUCACCUUCGAGUCCUUGGCUCUGUAGGUGAACCGAUUGCCGCCGAGGUCUGGAAGUGGUACUUUGAGGUCGUUGGUAAGGAGGAAGCACACAUUGUGGACACUUACUGGCAAACCGAGACUGGUUCCAACGUCAUCACACCGCUUGCUGGUGUUACUCCUACCAAGCCAGGUAGCGCCUCGUUGCCCUUCUUUGGCAUUGAGCCUGCCAUCAUCGACCCGGUUUCCGGCGAAGAAAUUCACGGAAAUGAUGUCGAGGGAGUGCUUGCCUUCAAGCAGCCUUGGCCCAGCAUGGCGAGAACCGUCUACGGCUCGCACAAGAGAUAUAUGGACACAUACCUGAAUGUAUACAAGGGCUACUAUUUCACUGGAGAUGGAGCCGGUCGUGACCACGAGGGCUUCUACUGGAUCCGUGGCCGUGUAGAUGAUGUCGUCAACGUUAGCGGCCAUCGUCUUUCGACCGCCGAGAUCGAAGCUGCUCUGAUCGAGCACCACGCGAUCGCCGAGGCUGCAGUUGUUGGUGUGGCAGAUGAACUCACUGGACAGACUGUGAACGCUUUCGUGGCUAUCAAGGAUGGCAACGAGGCUAGCGAUGCACUCCGCAAGGAAUUUAUCCUACAAGUGCGGAAGAGCAUUGGUCCCUUUGCUGCACCCAAGGCAGUCUUCAUCGUGCCUGACCUUCCCAAGACGCGCAGUGGCAAGAUCAUGCGUCGCAUUCUAAGAAAGAUCCUAGCUGGAGAGCACGACUCGAUAGGCGACACGUCAACUCUGUCUGACCCUGAUGUUGUCAACAAAAUUAGUGCCAUUGUGGCAGAUUCAAAGAAGAAAUGA